AUGAAGUCAGGCUUGAAAGUUCAUCUCCAAAAUGUUAUUAAACAAGUUGCGAAUAUGGUACAAGUUCAUUUUAUGGUAGAAUCUCGAAACAAAGAGGCUGAGAUGGUGAGGGAUUUUAUAUCAAUAUUUUCUGUAAUUCAGCAUGAUCUUUUCGGAGAUGCUUUAUACCAACUUCACCAAAAAAGAAACAAAUCGACUCGAAAACCAGCAAAUUUACCUCAUAAUCAAGCAUUAAAAUUAUUACAAAACUACUUAAGUGAGGUAGUAGACAGUAGUUUUUUUUCCUUAAAAUUUCCAAGUUCUGUGUUUGUGGAUGAAGGAAAAAGAAAUAAGCUAGUUCCUGUGUUUAUUCCUCCAGAUCUUGUAUCUGCAAUUGAAUUUGUAAGCUCAGAAGCAGCAAGAAAGGAUUCUAGAAUAGCUCCUGAAAAUCAAUACUUAUUUCCAUCUACAAUUGGGAGUGAUAAUCAUAUUUCUGGCUGGCAUGUGUUAGUUUCUUGUUGCAAAAAAGCUAAUGUUGAUGGAAGGCUAACUGGCACUAUGAACAGACAUAGAGUUUCAUCUCUAAUUGGAGCUCUUGGUUUAUCAGUGUCAAAUCAACAGCUUGUACAUGACCACUUUGGACACAGUGGUGAUGUAAACAAAAACAUAUAUCAAGUGCCCCAAGCAGAACAGCAGUUAAGAACAAUAGGUCAGUUUUUAAGAAACAUUGACCAGGGUCUCUCUGAUUCUUCUAGUUCCAUAAAUAGUGAUUUAAAAAUAAGGAAAUUGUCUACGAUCGCAGAUUUAAAGCCAGAAAAAUCAAGAGAUGCUAAAAGUAAAAUUAUUUAA